UAAUCGAAACAGAACAGAAACCCUCUAAUCACUUGUGUUCUCUCUGCCUCCAACACAUCUCACCCCUUUCUAUCGAUCUAAACUCUCCAUAUCCUCCGUUUAUCACUGAAGACGAUGUCGGGAAAGAAGAAACAGAAGAAGAUGCUCACCUCCACUGCGAAGACACCAUCUCCCCUUCCCUCGCAGUACGAAGUCGUUCCAAGAACUCAAGCGCCUCCGCCUGUCCCGAACCGCCAACCUCCACCAUCUGUGUCUGACUAUCCACCUCCGGCACAGCUUUUCCAGGACUCGACGGUCCAAUCCAGAAGAGCUUCAACUCCAUCGCCACAGCCUCGAGGGUCUCAGACUUCACAGCCUCGAGGGUCUCAGACUUCACAGCCUCGAGGGUCUCAGACUUCACAGCCUCGAGGGUCUCAGACUUCAGCGACUCGACAACCACAAUCUCAAUCUCAGAGCACUUCCGAAGCUCAGAACUCACAGACUGCAGAAGAUUCAGAAGAUGAAGAAUUUCCUCAUGUAGAACCGACUCUCUCCAAAGACCAGAUGGAUGUUGUCAAUGCUCUUCUCUCCCAGCCAGGCAGGGAGCGCUUAACUACCCUUUCUCCCUACUUGGAGCCUGGAACCACUUGGUUUGGUUCGGACAAGGGUAAACUGACUCGGAAGAUCACUAAGAUCUUUAAAAACAAGUUUAACGGUCAAUACUACAGCUGGACUGUUGUGCCUCGGCGAAGACAAGAAAGAUGGUUUGUAGAGUUUGCAAAAACUCACACAUGGCGUUCUACACUAACCGGUUUAGUUCAGGAGAAGUUUGAGAGGAUAGGUCAGCGCCGUCUCAAAGACAUUGUUAGCAAACGUAGGACUUCUCGAAAGAGACCAAACUGGAUUAAGAAAACUUUGUGGAGAAAAAUGUGUGCUUUUUGGGACACUGCUGAAGCCAAAGAAAAGAGUUUGACGACUUCAGCGGCUCGGAUGUCUGACCGUAAAGGUCUUGGUCCUCACAAGCACAACUCAGGGCAGAAGUCUUUCCAACAAAUCGAACAAGAAAUGGUAGAGGAAUUGGGCAGACCGGUGACUCUUAGUGAAGUCUUCAUUAGGACUCAUACAAAAAAGGAUGGGACCUUUGUGGAUAUGAAAGCACAGGAGGUUGUUGAGGUGUAUCGGCGGAACAAACAGUCAAAGUUGGAUGACCUUGAGGCUGAAAACGCAGACCCUUCAGAGUCUAGUUCACAAGCACCAGCUCUCUAUAGAUGAGGAUAAUGAGAUAUUCCUCCUGUCUACUUACACAGACAAAGGAGGAAAACAUUAUGGAAUUGGAAGCCUCGAGAGUACUCUCGUCAAUGUAAAGCGGAAGUACAGUGAAUCCUCCUCAAUCCUAGACCUGCAAACACAGCUUGAUGAAGCUCACCGCAAGAUCGAGGAGCAGGCUGCCCAGAAUGCAAUCGCUCUCCGCAAAAUCGAGGAGCAGGCUGCCCAAAACGCAAACAAUCUCCGCAUAAUCAAGGAGCAGGGUGCUCAUAGCGCAGAGCAAGGAAAACAGCUCAAGGAUUAUCUAGAGUGGACAAGUUUUUGACUGCAACAAAUCCUAAUACUCAGUACGUUGAAUACGUUGCAGCUAACAAGUCGGAUGAUUAGGUUCUCUUAUGAGAUCAGGUGUUAAAAUAUUGUGUACUUUGAAACUUAUGAUUAGGUGUUAAAAUAUUUUCAGCUUGUUAAACUCCUAUAAGAGAGGAGUUCUUUUGUAUCAAAUGUUUUAGCUUGUUAACAUUUUCAGUUUUUUAUUA